AUGACGAUAAAUUUACCUCCAUUAAAAUUUGACGUAAAAAAUUCAAAACAACCGGUUACAACAUUAAAUGAUAAAUUAAAACAACAGCAACAACAACAACAAGGUUUUCAAUGUUCACCAGUCAAACAUUCUAUUACUGAUAAAAAGAAUAAACUGAAUAAAUUAUUAACAAGUCAAUUAUUAGUUGAUGAAUAUCCAAAACUUCCGUUGAAUAUAAAUUCUCAGCAACCAGUUAUUUCAGUGACUAAAGAUAAAAAUUUAACCACACCAAUAUUAUAUUUGACAGCAGCAAGUAUGUUGUAUCAAUCACAAGAUCAAAGUGUGAAUGAGGUAAGUGCUAGCAGUAUCACUUCUAGUAGUAGUAUUAGAAGUACGGAUACUACUACAACAAGUGGCGUUCAAAUGAGUAGUAUAAGUGGGAUGAAAGAUCUUGGUACUCCUUUCCCUAGUACUAGUAGUGUCAGUCAAAUAUCAAGUAGUGAUAGUAAAAUAGAUGAUAGAUUACAUCGACAACAACAACAGCAACAAAAGCAACAACAACAAAGAGAACAGACGAAAGUGAGUAUAUUCCACCCAUCAAAACGUAUAUUUUUCACACCAUUAAUGAUUACAAAUUUUCGCCCGUUGUUAGCACCAUUUGUUCCUGUAUUCAUUCAAAUCUUAGUCAAUCAAACUGAAGCAGAAUGUUAUCAAACAACAUGGAAUUUAUUAUUUGAUGAUUUACACGAAUCGUACGGAGAAGCAAAAAUAGCCUUGAUCAAGCUAAUCUAUUAUUGGAAUAAUGAAAAUAAAUUGAAGCAUAUAAUAGGCAAGUUAAGGCUAGAUGUGAAAAUUAUGACGUUAAGAUUAUUUCUCAAUGAAUUAGAAAGAAAGCUAUUGAAUUUUUCACGUUCAUCUACAAUGUGUAUGGUACAGUCACCAUUGUUGGAUUUAUUUUUACGUCCAAAUAAACAAAUUCGUUGUAUUGUACAGCAUACAGCCUUAUCUCAGUCUUGUGUACAAAUGGAUACGCUUGCUUUCAUUAUGAUUCACCUUCUUCAUGCUUGGGAAUGUUCCAGUAAUCCAAUCGAGGGGAAAGUUAGUCUUGGACGAAUCUAUGGAAAGUUAUUGAUAUCAUUUUCAGAUAAACCAGAAUUACGUGGUUUAGAGCAAAGUAAUGGUACUGGUGGGGGUGGAGGUGCUGGUGUUGGUGUUGGUACUGGUGGUGUUGGUGAAGAUCCUAAGACAAUUGAAUCAAUUCUAUUUGAACUUAUCUUGGAGUUGUGUGAUUUUCAUUUCUGGCAACAAUUGACAAUGCUUAAAAUCCGUAGUGUAUUUGAAUAUAUUAGUGAUAUGGAGAAACGUUUUGCUAAAGACUUUCGUAUACGUCAACAACAGAGUAUGAUACAGUAUUUAAAGAAAAUCCGUCAUGAUUAUGCAGAUGAUAGUGUCAAAGAUGUUGAUGAUGAUGACGAUGAGGAUGACGAAGACGACGAGGUGGAUGUGAAUCAGGCUAAAGAUGAUGAUGCUGAUGCUGAUGGUGGCAGUCGUCAUGACACCGCUGCUGCUGCUGCUGCUGUUGACAAUGAUGAUAUGAAAAAGACUAGAUUAUCAAAACAUAAAUUAUCACAUAAAACACGGGAAAAGUUGAAUGCAGCAGAGAAAGACUUGAAAGGCUUAGAUGAAACCUGCAUUAUGGAUAUAUUCCCACCAGGUAUUACGGUGACAACCAAUGCCGCGGAAACUGAUUCACUUCAAGCGGAUCCUAAUUUGUGA